GCUCCCGCUCCGGCUCGCGACCAACCACUGCUUUACUCGGGCGUCAGCCGACCUUGAUCCACCGCACCGCAUCCGUGUCUGGUCGACGAUCGAGGCCACCCGCUGGCUCGUCACCGCCUCGGACGCCGAGUACCUCGAGCUGGCCCAGGCCGCCUGCGACAAGUACGCUCGCUCUGCAACCUCGCUCGGCGCUAAGGAGUUUGUCCCCGAACUGGUCCGGUGCGCGUCAUUUCCGGCAGAACGACAUUCGGCGGUAUUCGAUGCCGUGACCGCCACCAAUAGCCGAGCCACCCAACUCGGCGCAAGAGAGCAAGAACAACAUGGACGACUACCUUCGUGAAGAUACGCUUGACAACAAGACGACGCCGUUCUGGACGCCCCUCAAGACCGUGGGCGCACUCUGGCUUGCCACCCUCGGAGGCACCCUCGCCUAUCAGUUCCGCAACAACUCGCUCAAGCUCUCCCAGCGGGUUGUUCAAGCUCGUGUCGGGGCUCAAGCUGUGACUCUUGGCGCUCUCAUUGCAUCGGCCGUUGUUACUGUCGCCACAGAGUCGGCCGCUGCCUCACCGGCUCGCGGCCCGGUCUUCCCCUCGGAGUCAUCCAAGCACUGAUGAUGCGUGCUGCAUUGCUCAUCGUCGUCGUUGUCGUCAUCGUUGGCAUUGUCGGCUUUGUCAGCAUUGUCGGCAUCGCCGCCCGUCACCACUGACAUCAUAGUUCAGAGGGAAUGUCGCUGUUGCGACUCAUGCCCUUGUCUAUCCGCCGGCAUCCAGCGCUGCGUCGUCCAGCGCUGUGGCGUCGUGCUUGACGGCGUGAGAGACCGCAUCGCGGUGGAUCAUCCACGUGGCGUUGGCCUUGGACCUGGCGACCAAGUCUCCGUUCGGAAUAUCGUUGGAGAGAGCACGCGCCUCGGCAGCCUGCUCGUCCAGACCGUAUGUGCGCCAUCGCUGCAGCAGCGCAUCGACUAGGAUCUCGCGCUGCGCAUCGACAUAGAGAGAGGCGGUAAAGUUGCGCGCCACGUCUGA